CCUAGAGUUGACACAAUUACGUGUAGAUAUAAAGUUUGUUCGUGAAAAAUCCUAUAUAUACGUAAGUGCAGGAUUGCUACUUAUUACUUGCAUUACAGUAGAAAGAGAAAGAGUAGAGAGAGAGAGGAACAUUAAAUCAUCAUGUCGAAGGAGUCCUCUUCACAGCUUUUUAAUAGAGCAAAGCCAUUCUUGGGUGUGGUUUUUUUGCAGUUUGGACAAGCUGGUAUGAGUAUUAUUGCUAAAUUUGCUCUAAACCGAGGCAUGAAUCAUUACACAUUUGCCGUCUACCGGAACACCGUGGCCUUUGUUGUCUUUGCUCCUUUUGCUGUGUUCUUCGAAAGGAAAGCGAGGCCAACGAUGACCUUGUCCAUCUUCCUCAAGAUAACGUUGCUCAGCUUAUUGGAGCCUGUUAUUGACCAGAACUUGUACUAUACUGGGAUGAAGUAUACAACAGCCACUUUUUCCGCAGCCAUGUGUAACAUCAUGCCUGCUAUAACAUUUCUAAUGGCUUGGACACUAAGGCUUGAAAGGGUGAAUCUUAGGAGAUUUCAUAGCCAGGCUAAGGUGGUGGGGACAUUCGUGACGGUCGGCGGAGCAAUGAUUAUGACACUAAUUAAAGGACCUAUAAUUGGAUUACCAUGGACCAAAGAGACAAGCUAUGUUCAAUCCGAAGAUGCUGCAAAUGAACAAAAUCAUAUUAAGGGUUCUCUCAUGAUCACAGCUGGUAUUCUCUGCUGGGGUAGUUUCUACAUCCUGCAAGCAAUUACAUUGAAGUCAUACCCAGCAGCACUCUCUCUCACCUCUUUGAUAUGCAUGAUGGGUGCUGUGGAAGGUGCCAUGCUGACUCUUAUUGUUGAAAAGGGCAACACUGCAAUCUGGUCCAUACACUGGGAUACUAAACUCUUAUCUGCACUUUAUGGUGGAAUAAUCUCUUCUGGAGUUAGUUAUUACAUGUCCGGAGUAAUAAUGAGGCAAAAGGGGCCUGUUUUUGUGACUUCUUUCAACCCUCUAAGCAUGGUUAUUGUUGCCAUUUUGGGCUCUCUCUGUUUAUCUGAGAUAUUGAACUUAGGAAGGGUUAUUGGAGCCGUUGUCAUUGUUACCGGCCUAUAUCUAGUCAUAUGGGGUAAAAGCAAAGAUGAUCAACCAUCGUCGAACAUGACUAAUGAACAGGUACUUCCAAUUGAACAGUCGACGCCUACGAAGAAUGGUGAUAUAGAGAUUUCAAAUCAUGAGGCAGUUAAUGUUUCCAAAGUAAUACCUAAAGAUGAAGCCGUUUGAAGAAAUUUCUCACAAGUUCCAUCAACCUGACUUAAUCUCCAUUAGUGUCAUGUUUGUUUCCUCUGAUGACAAAUGCAGUAGUAAUGCAGAGGUAUAUUUUGUGGUGGAAACACAGUCCACAUAUUCCUCUGGUGUCUUCCUGAUGUGGAUUUCCAUUACCUAAGUCGUGUGUUUAUAGAAAGAGAAUAUAUAUAUAUAUAUAUAUAUAUAACCCCAUUAACAUUUAAGAGCAAGAUGUAUGUGUCGGGCAAUAGCUGAACCAUUUCCUAUAUUUUUAAUACAAGAAAUGUUGUGUACUCAUCUGUAGUGACUUAAGUGCCUUCUUGAGUGCAUUAUUUAUCCAUUA